AUGCCGUCUGCAAACGCGGAAAGACGUCGUCCCGAACAAAAAUCUAGUAACGGUCUCGAUGGUGAAUAUGCACGAAAUCAAGCGGGUGUUUUAGAGCUAGACUAUGGCUCACCGCCUCGGAGUGCACAGUUUCCUAAUCUCUCCAAAGGAAGCGAUACAGAAAUGGAGGAAACGAGAGACGAUAUUGACGAAGCAAUGCGGAGACGUCAUGUCGCUAACGAAGAAACCGACGAAAUUGUUGAGAAGCUAAAAAACAAUGUAGAUGCUUUCAAAAAGAAGAUCUCCGCUUUAGAAGACCUGCUUCGUGAUGAAAAGGCCAAGAGUGAGCAGGAAGUAAAAAAGUUGCAAACAGAUAUGGCCGAGAAAACCAGAGAAAACCAAACUAUCCAGGGAUUUAUGCAAGAUCUUCAGAGACGCCUGGACGAAGCGAAUCGAAAGUUAAGUGUCGAGGUCGAGAAUGGAAAAAAUCUACAAUCAAAAUUCACUGCUGAAAUCGCCAAAACCCAUUUAUUGCGAGAAGAAAAGCAUACACUGGGAGCGGAGUUGGAGGAUAAGAAAAAGCUGCUAGAUACACUUCGUGGAUGGUUCAGAACGAUUAAAGCGUGUGCGAAUGAUGAAACGCUCGAUAGCUACUUAGCUUAA